UACGCACAUUGCCUAAUGGUGGAUCAGUAAAACCUGACAAUCUCCGCCAUUCUCAGACCGGUAAGCCCGUGAAUUUUUGUUGCUCAAAAUAUUUACAAAGUGCUGCAAUUUCCAAGCAUAUACUCAGGCCAGCUCUGAGAUUCAAUUUGAUCCCUCAUCUCACUCACAUUUCCAGUACUCCUAUGGCUGAUUCUACUUCUAGUGUCUCAAGCAGGGUUGUACCACAGCCUGAGUGUGGCGGAGAUGCUAAAUCUGAAAAUGUGAGUCCUAAUUUGACUGAAAUUAUAGUAAUCCGUCAUGGUGAAACGGAAUGGAAUGCCGACGGCAGAAUUCAGGGGCAUUUAGAUGUCGAAUUAAACGACAGCGGGAGGCAGCAAGCUAUGGCGGUGGCAGCCCGGCUCUCUAGGGAGCCAAGGAUCUCUGUCAUAUAUUCAUCUGACUUGAAACGGGCACAUGAGACAGCAGAGACAAUAGCAAGGAGUUGUGGGGGUCUAGAGGUCAUUAAAGAUCCACACCUUCGAGAGAGACAUCUAGGAGAUCUUCAAGGUAUUUCUCUCCGUGAAGCAGCCCAAAGCCAACCGAUGGCUUAUAAGGCUUUUCUAUCGGACCGGAGUGACCAAGUAAUUCCAGGAGGAGGAGAAAGUUUAGAUCAACUUUAUCAACGCUGCACGUCUUGUUUACAGAGGAUUGCAAAGAAGCACAGAGGAGAACGAGUAGUUGUGGUAUCUCAUGGGGGUGCAAUCAGAGCACUUCACAGGCGGGCUUCCCCGCAUAGGCGGUCUAAAAGUAAGAUCUGGAAUACAUCUGUUGGUAUACUUCACUUGUCUGAUAAGGAUGAGUGGACUAUUAAACUCUGGGCCGACAUAAGUCAUCUCAACAAGACAGGAUUUCUGGACUCAGGUUUUGGUGGGGACAAAACUUCGGGCUGAUUUUGGAUGCCACUCUCAGCAUUCGGUUUGCUGGCAAAGAAGUACUGUACAUUGUUUGGCAUAAGUGAAAAUAUAGAAUUAUUUCUGUCACCCUGUUCGAUAGUGGUUCCUCACUUAUAAGUCAAACCUCAAACCUUACUCGUUGGUGGUGGAGGCAACUCGUUGAUUGAGCAAACUUUGAACGUUAUUUUUGUGUUCUCUAUCCUCGUUGGUUGUCAUUGGUGUAUACUGAUGUCAUAUGUGGACAGCUGCAGCUACUUGUUUAACCAAAAGUCUAGAAUGGGGACGAGAUGAUUACGCGCAGUAUACGUUUUGACAUUAUGUAGAGGCUAGAUCCCUUCUGACUUGCCAAUGGGACAUUGCGCAUCUUUGAUAGUUGCCACUCUUUGGUGGAAUAAUUAUCUAUGAGCUUGCAGUAGUCAAUGUCUAUAGGAGAAUUCAAAAAGGUUUUGGUUGAAUCAUUCGAGUGAUAAAGUCAUGCCCCGCGUAUAUAGUAUCUGCUUACCACAAGUUAUUAAUGUUUUUAUCAGUGUACAUUACUUAUGUAAUCGUUUAACCAAAUAGACAUUUGUCUCAAACUGUCUAUAGCAAUUAUUUAGACCAAAUAAAUUAUGAAA